AUGCAACCCGAACAAGCACACCAGCAACAACAGCAACAGCAUCAUCAUGAGAAGCAACAGCAACAGCAACAGCAUCAUCAUGAGAAGCAACAGCAACUGCAACAGCAUCCCCCAGAUCCUUCGAAAAGGAGAAGAAGCACAACCGUUAGCCAGGACCACGCGGGUUGCUACUUAGCGUAUGACCAGAACCUGUCAAAAUGGAUUGCAACGUGGAGUCCGGUUUAUAUGCUUGAAGCUGCUGCCAUUUUAAGUCCUCGCGUAAAAGUGCCGCAAUUCAAGUACAAUAAAAAGGAACGGGUGGUCCUCGAGGGUGAAAAAAGCGCUUCAAGAGAUGUGAAGAAGGACUACUAUUCAGGCAUUUGCAGCUUCUUCAAAUUGGUUCGUGACUUCAAGGGUGACCUUACACUACUACCCGCUGCUGAGGAUUUCGAGCUCAAAGAAAUGAUCUUAGUUGGACUGCACGGAAAUGAGGAGCCAUGCGAAUGCGCAUUCAUUAGAAUUUAA